GAGAGCGGACUGUUUUCUUUGUUAUUUUUAAAGUCGUGCACUUCGCAACUAUGACACUGUUGGCGGCGACUUGUGCCGGUCCAAACGCCCGAUGCACUCGAAAGCAGCAAGAAGAUUUUCACCGGAGUUUUUUUGCAGUGGCAUAAGUAGAGGUCUGGAUCUGAUAGUUGUGCAGUGUGGGCUCUACGGGGACGUGGUUUAUGGAUGCUGGGACUAUGAGCAUAAGCGACAAAAGGGACUACUUAGCAGACCUGGGAGGCAGCUUCACUGAGGAUGCUCCUAGACCUCCAGUGCCAGGGGAAGAAGGUGAGCUGGUUUGCAGUGAUGGACGCCAGUACAGCAGCCUCGGCUUUCCUGCAAAGAACGAGAAAUGCGAGGCGUCUGUGGCGACGCCCAGGCGACCCGACUUGGACCUGGGUUAUGAGCCGGAGGGAAGCGCCUCCCCUACACCACCGUACCUAAAGUGGGCAGAAUCUCUUUACUCCCUCCUGGAUGACCAAGAUGGCAUCCAUCUGUUUAGGACGUUCCUCAAGCAGGAGGAGUGUGCAGAUAUGUUGGACUUCUGGUUUGCCUGCAGUGGCUUCCGCAAACUUGAAGCGAAUGAGGGUAAUGAGGAGAAGAAGGUCAAACUGGCGAAAGCUAUCUAUAAGAAAUACAUCCUGGACAACAAUGGGAUUGUUUCCCGACAGAUUAAACCAGCUACUAAAUCCUUCAUCAAAGACUGCGUCACGAAGCUUCACAUCGACCCUGCAAUGUUUGAUCAGGCUCAGACUGAGAUACAGACUAUGAUGGAGGAAAACACGUAUCCCUUAUUUCUCAAGUCUGACAUUUAUUUGGAAUAUACGCGGACAGGAGGUGAGAGCCCUAAACUGUACAGCGACCAGAGUUCUGUUUCCGGGAAUGGAAAGGAGCUGCCGGGUUAUUUACCGACUUUAAUCGAAGACGAGGAAUGGAGAUGUGACCAGGAACCAGAGGAGCAGCCCAAGUGUGACCCAGCACCAAGCAGCCGGCUCACUCAGAAGCUUCUAAUGGAGACGACACCACAACGUGUUGCCAACAGCCCCAGAUUCCAGGACAGUCACGAGUACAGGCAUGCACCAUGUCGGGAGCCCAUGAACCCGUACUAUGUCAACAUUGGUUAUGCUGUGGCUCCUGUUACCAGCGCCAACGAUAGUGAGCAGCAGAGUAUGUCCAGCGACACAGAAACUAUUUCUCUUACCGACAGCAGUGUAGAUGGGGUUCCACCCUACAGAUACCGCAAACAGCAUCGCCGGGAGAUGCACGAAAGUGCCAAAGCAAAUGGGCGAGUGCCACUACCUCAUAUUCCACGCACAAACCGGAUUCCAAAGGAUAUACACGUGGAGCCGGAGAGGUUUGCUGCAGAGCUGAUCAGCAGACUGGAAGGAGUACUGAGGGAGAGGGAGGCUCAGGAGAAGCUAGAGGAGCGGCUUAAGAGAGUACGACUGGAAGAGGAAGGUGAUGAGGUCAUGUCCACAGCCACAGCAUUGUCCAGUCACAGGUUACCCCCUGGUGCUUAUCUGCAGAAUUACAGCUCCCGCUAUGCUGACAACACCUACAGUGGUCCUCUCCUGAGAGAUGCUCAUGAGGAGAACCCUGAGAGCAUCCUGGACGACCACGUCCAGCGGGUCAUGAAGACUCCAGGCUGCCAGUCACCAGGCACAGGCCGUCACUCUCCCAAGUCCCGCUCACCAGACGGCGUCCCAGGGGGGAAAUGGACAGGACUUGGAAUGCCACAGGGUAAACAUCCAUCCAGGCAUGGUCUCAAAGCAGACACCAGCCACCUGUACCACCACAAACACGUGCACCACAUUCACCACCAAGGCACUGGGAAGCCCAAAGAGCAGGUGGAGGCAGAGGCGACCAUGCGUGUGCACGGCAGCUCUCCCUGGAGCACAGAGGCGAGUCAUUAUGGGUCAAAGUGCCGCAGCUACGCGGAUGGAAUGGGAUCUAACCCCAUGGAGCACACAGGGUACAGUAGCAAAGGUGGCACACAGUGUAAAAGAGCAUUUAAAAAAGGUGAAGAAGUGCGGCCUUAUGACAUGCCAGCACCUGCAGAGGAGAUGGAGAAAAACCAGAAGAUCCUUUUGUGGCUGAUGGAAGGACAAAAAGAAAUGGUUCAACACAAGAGGAGCCCAUACGGGAGUACGACCGGGUCCAAGAGGACCACAGGCCACGAGGCCCAACUGCGGAACAACGUGCAACCGUCUCACCCUUUCAUCCAGGAUCCCACCAUGCCCCCAAACCCAGCUCCCAGCCCCCUCAUCCAGCUGGAGGAGGUGCGCCGGCGGCUUGAGGAGGAGAAGAUAAAGUCUGGAACUGUACAACCUAAGCAAAGGUAUGUGAUGGAGGUGAUCCAGAGGGGUCGCACCGCAGUCAGGCCUGCACUGUUCCCUCCGCUCAGCGUGGUGCCCGCCGUCUCUGACAGCGAGCUCUCCCAGCCCGAACACAAAGCCACUAAAAAGCAGCCAUGUGAAAACAUUACUGUGGCGUAUUACUUCUGUGAGGAGCUGAUACCGUACAGGACAUCUGUAAAGGGGAGGAUCGUCACACUGGGCCAGUUCAAAGAACUGCUAACAAAGAAGGGGAAUUACAGGUAUUAUUUCAAGAAGGUGAGCGACGAGUUUGACUGUGGUGUGGUGUUUGAAGAGGUACGUGAAGAUGAUGCUAUCUUGCCCAUCUUUGAAGAGAAGAUUAUCGGGAAAGUUGAAAAAAUUGAUUGAAUGUCACGUUUAAGAGAAAGGAGUCAAAGGGGCAGCUGUGAUUGAGCGAGGAGCAAUCGGAUGGUGAAGAGGAAGUGUUUAAGGACUGAGACCGGAGAAGAAAGUGAUCAGAAGAGGUAGAUUUAGAGUUAAGAGCAAAGCAGUGGUCACAGCGGGCUACUUGGGACAUUUAAGGCCCGAGCAGCACCACUGCAGUGAUGCUGGACUAGAACAAAAAAAGACCUCAUUCACUUCUUUGGAGUGUAAUGUAGCAUUGUAAAGUUUACUAGAUAAAUGAAGAACAAAAGUGCUACUAAAGCUACAUAUUUUUGAUAUGAUGUAUCAGAGGGUGUCCUUUCUAAA